UUUAACUUUUAGCAUAGUACAAUCUAGUGCAUAUUUGUCAUCCAGGGCAACACUCCACUGCAGCGUUUAGAAGUAGCUUAUCAAGAGUGUUGUGAAAACGUCAUUGUAAAUUACACGCUUUGUCUAGCAUGGAUCUCUGUUAGCAGUCAUUACACACUGGUUUGUGGGACUUUGCCUAAACAAAUGUCUAAAAUGGGCGAGGUCCCAACCGAGCGGCCACCAGCUUUCGCUUUUGACUCACCGCCGCUGGUCAAGCCACAGCCGGUAUUCCUACAACCUCACUCCGCCGUACGGCUCUGCAUAGACGAGCCCAUAAUAGGGUUGCCGGACACGGGCAGACUAGCGGCGCUGUGCUUUGUGGCCGACACGCUCAUAGAGCGGGUGCACAAGGUGCCCAAAUCCGCAGCGGCUUUUGAUGUGGGGAUCCUGCAGGAGAUCGAGGCGCUCUGCCACCAAGUGGCGCCCAAGAAGCAUGCACAGACCACCAUGCAGGAGCUCGGGCUGCUGGACCUGUUCCCCUACCUGGCCAUGGGCCUCAGCGGGGAGAAGCUGGACACAGUGCAGCACAACCCAGGCUCCGCCUACCUGCACUACAUCUCCCUGCUCAACCAGGUGGUCAUGAUGGGCACGCAGCUCUACCACGACGCGUGCAUGCCGCAACACCACAAGUACGCGGCGCACCAGAUCGCACUGCUUUACCAAUGCCUCAACAUGCUGCAGGGCGAGACCAAGCCCAUCCGUCGCAUCGUGGAGGCGCGCUUCGACGAGAUCAAGACCAUCACCGAGUCCAAGGAGCCCUACCUGCCCGUGGAGCUGUCAGCGUGGAUCCAGGAGGUCACGUGGUUGUGUCGCGAGGAGGUGCACUCCUGCCCCGCCUACCUGCACAAGCGGUUGGACGCCGUGAUGCGGGCGGCGCGGGGGGAGGCCGGCGCAGCGGGCAGCGGAGGGGGGUGAGGGCGGACAGAAGGGGGCCAAAGACCAUACCGAACCGGGCACAGGGGGAAAGGGUCAAAGCAGGGAGGGGCACAGGUAGAAGGGCGCGGACCGGGAGGCACUGGAGGGAAGAGGAUGGUGACCCGUGGGUCCUGGGCGUGGGAGCGCGGACAUGCGGACGCGGGUAGGUUCCUUUUGUUGCAUGUUACGCAGAACUGUGGCCGUGGAAGGAUGUGUGUUGAGUUUGCAGGAAAACGUACGGGACUUUAGGGGGGGUGGGAGGCGAGAUGAGGGUCCAGGAAACGUCGCGAUCAGUCAUCGGGGAUCUAGUGCUGCUAGUGGAUGUAGGCUGUGGGUAGUGGGUGUCAGUGAGGAGGGAGGGUGUGCAGCUGUGCACCCAAGCAAGUAUGGCAGGUCAAAGCAGGUCAAAGCGGCAAGAGACGUGUAUAUGGAUGUGCAUGGAUGAUGAGUAAGCAGAGGAAACUGCCGAGCUGUAUGACGAGGCUUUACCAUAGGGGGGGCGUGGAGGCCUGUGCGGUGUACUACUCAAGCGGGCCAUACGGUACGCGGUGUUUGCCUGCGGGGCACUAUGAUUCCGGUACUGUUGAGGCUGCCGCCGGCAUUUGGACAUUCGGGCACGUAAGCUUGGAAAUUCUGGACCCGGACGAAUGGAUUCGGGGACGCGGAUCGGGCCGACAGCGCCGGUGCGAGCAGUUUUUUGCCUUUGUUCACGGACACGGCGAAUAUGCAGACUGUGCGUUGCAACCGGCAACGGUGCCGUACGCAAGAGGCAACUGAGGAACUGACAUCGCUUGCACAGCUCCUACCUGAGCUGUUCAGAGCAAACAAGAAACCAUAUUUGUACUGUUACUCGCAUUACGGCUAUAGCUUAGUUACUGCUCACUCCUUGCUAGCUCCGAGCCCUGUACUAGUUGGACCCUAGGGACACUUGGAACUUUGAAUUUGUUUUGGCUGGAGUAGGGCGAUCGUGUGCUUACCAUUAGCCACUAGCUUACCGGAAUCUAGGAGACGCAACUCAACCAUUAUGGCGGCAAAGGCGCAAGGACCUCACAUCGAGGUGCUCAGCGAGGACCAGCAGCGUAUCAACAUGUUCAGCCGCCUGCACACUAAAAUGCACGAGCUGGAGCGCUUGCUAAAGCAGCAUAAGAACGCUCUUGAGGAGUUGGAGGACGCGGGGAAUGAGCUAAUGCUGUCGGACGAUGACAACGUGCGGUUCGUCAUCGGGGAGUGCCUUGUACACUUUGACAAGGAUGCGGCGGAGGGUCGGCUCGAGCAGGUGACUGCCGACGUUCACAAGGAGGUCGACAAGACCACUGCCGAGCUGGAAGAGGUGCGCAGGCAGCUGGCGGCGCUCAAGAGCACGUUGUACGCCAAGUUCGGCAAGCAGAUCAACCUGGAGGAGGAUGCGUGAGGGAGGAGGAUGCGUGAGGAGAAGGGGAGGGAGGACGCAUAAAGAGGGUUGAGAGCCGUUAAUGCUUGGCCCAGUAGGAUGGCAAAAUGAUAUGGCUUGAGGGGAGCCGGGCCCCGCAUGCGGAGAAUGGAGGAGGAAAAGCAGCCAUGACCCAGCCCCUUGGAUGGAGCGCCUUUGGUUGGAGGAGGAGCCAUGAGGGGCGAGCAGGUCCCCUUCCUAGUGGGGAGGACGCGGGAGAGCUCUUGGGAUGGAGCGGAAAGGGCCUGUAGGGAGUUGCGCUGGACGUACAAAACGUACCGGUGUAGUUCCGUGCUUGGAUACCUGAGGAGUUGAGCCAGGUUUGGUCGCAUACGCGGCACAUUUGCUUGGUUGCGGCGGAUAGAGGUGUUCCGUGUGCAUUGCGGUAGGCGGGUAAUGGAGAGGAGUGUAGCUAGCUGGGUAAAGGUGAGGCGUUGGGGAAGCGGGACAGUGGAUGCAUGGCAGUUGGGUGCCGUUGGGUACCGGCAGUACGGCAUGCUCGAUAGGCCUGGAUCAGGAGAUACCGGAUUCGGGAGAUACCGGUAACAUGCACGCUGAACUGAUCUCUAACCUAACCCGAUCCGUUAGUUUCAGAGUGUGCCCCAAAACGAUGCGUACUAGCGCGGGGUUUGACGAGGUUAGCUCCUCUGAGCGAUGCUUACCUGCCUGUUUAGGCGUUGUAUGCGCGUGCGACAUGCGUGCCGCGGCAGUGUGGGCGGAAUGGAGCACACACUGUUGAAUUGGGGUUUGCUUUUAGGGGUGUCAGGAUUGCGGGGGGGUGCAUGUCGAAUGGAAUGAUGGAUCCAAGCACGAUCUGGGCAUUUCAGUGUGGCAGGAUUUGUUGCCGUUCCUUCCCCGUCCUACAACGUUAUUUUUUUAGUCAGAUGCUGUUGCACCUCGAGAAAGUUGGGAGGCGGGUAAGAGACCUAGUGUUGCGUUCCCGCCUAAACGGAGAGUGCUGAUGGCACGAUGGCACCCUGAGGUACCUGAAAUGUUUGCGGCGUCGCACUUCAGCAAGGGGGAGUGGUCGUGAAUAUAGGUGAAAUGAGCGCUGAAAGUGUUGGUGUUCGGCACUACAUGUACGGAUUUUCCAGAUGGAUCAAGGUACUCUGCCCACUCAACUGCCCCAAACUAUGAAUCAUAGCAACGUCUCAAUUAGCACAGCUUGCUUGUAAGCAGUGCACAAGUUUCCUGACCUUUUCGGCUUUUGUGUUCAGCCGUUUUAACCAGGACCUCACGCUUGUGACCUGCCAACAGACUUGUCGCUAUCAAUAGUUUGAAUGGCGUUGUCUAACAAGGUGUUAAAGAAGCAAACAGUUUGCCGCGCCUACCCUUCGCGACCCAUUGGCCGACUCGUCCUGUGCAAGGCUCGUGUAAUAGAUAAGCCGCAGACGCAAACUUUCCAAGCUAGCCAGGGUUUUUCGGACUCAUCAGAAGAAGAUGGGCCCAGUUCUUCAGGCAACAGCUUGGACGCUUCCAAAGUCCUCUUUGACGAGCAGCACAUUGCGACAUGGCGACCGGACCUAAUUCUGUAUGCGCCCUUCGGCAUACUGCUAGCGGCCUUACGCUCGGCGCUGUGGCUUCUGGGUAUUGCUCUGGACCAACCAUGGUUUAGGCGUCAAGGAGUGGUUCAGGCGUACCUGAAACUCUUGGGCGUAACAGUAACAUGGCGACAUGCCGAGCGCAUACCCGCUGGUCGCCACAUCCUGGUCAGCAACCACUGCAGCGUAGGCGACCUGAUGGCCCUGUUCAGUCACCCCGCCCUGCCGCGUCGCUACAUCCACCUUGUCACGAGCUCCCUGCCUCCCCGCGUGACGCAAGCGCGAAACCUGCCAGUUAUCAUGCGGCCUGCCUCGCCAGCGGUGUACGACCAACUAGCUAAAUCCGGCAGCAGCAGCAGCGGGGCAGGCGGAGGGGGUGAGGAAGGGCAAGGAGACGAGCUGGGCGGCUCGGUGCACUUGUUUCCCGAGGGUGGCAUGACUAAUGGUCGCGGCAUGCUGCGCUUCUCGCGCGGGUUCACGCGAAUCAUGCAGCAGCAGCAACAACGGCAGCAGCAACAACAGCUACGGGAACAACAACAACCGCAGCCUCUGCAGCGGCAGCAGCAGUGGGAGAGCGACUCACUGACCUCAGCCUCACAGGACGACCCCUCCUCCUCCCCUCCCGCCACCACCAUCAACCCCACCACCCACCACAGCAGCACCAGCACCAGCACCAACAGCUACCAAGCCAGCGCUACCAGCACGGAACCAAGUCACAGCUCCACCGCCACCCCCAACCCCAGCAGCAGCAGCUGCAGCACCCCCCCUCCAGGCCCCCUGCCCGUGGUCCCGGUCGCCCUGCGUGUGCGUCCCAGCCUGUCCGGUGUUUGCUCCCACACCCUCACCAGCUCCUUCCUAGCUAACCUCUUUUGGUUCAGCUUCAGCCCCGAAACCCGCCUAGAAGCCACGGUGCUGCCGGCCAUGAGCCCGCAGGAGGGGGAGUCACGUGGGGCUUUCGUACGGCGGGUGCAGGAGGCCAUAGCGGGGGAGCUGGGGGUGACGGUGUUCGACAUGAGCAUCCAGCAGAAGCGGCAGCUGGUGGGGAAGCGGGCUGGGCGGUAGGAGGAGAAGGAGACGAAGAUGUGGAGGGGUUGUGGGUUGGACGGAUGGAGGAGAGGAGGAGAGCAGGAGAGCAGGAGGAGGUAAACUUUUUGUGUGGCGAGCGGGCACCUGGGACGCAUGUACACUAGACAGGAAACAUGGAGGUCUAUGGGGCGAGAAGGGCAUGAGACGGAUGUAGGUUGCAGCCUGUAACGGUAUGUUGAGCGGGGCGCGCUACAUGCGAUGUCCAUGUACCACCCGAGAACGUCAAUGGGGUGUAAACCAAG